AUGGCUGGAACUAAGAGAAGGAGGGAUACCGUUUCGAAUGGCUCCGAUAAGCCAAACAAUGAUAAAUCCUCUCAAGAAAACGGAACUACUUCGUCUCUUUCUACUAUGGAAUCUUCAGGAGAUUUCCCUCGUGGAGGAGGUUCCACAUUAACUCCUCUUGAAUAUAAGGAGGCAGUAACAGAGGCCAAACAAGAGGCACUUAUGGGUGCUGAUGAGACUGAUGUUACUAAGACUUCAAACAAACCAUCCAAAAAGAAGAAGAAGAACAUUACGAAGGCCGCUUCUUCUAAGGAAGAUGAUUUUUCCUCAGUACCUAUUGAAAGCUUAAAAUAUAAAAAUUUGAUACCCGGAGCUUUGCUUUUGGGACAAAUCUCUCAAAUUAAUACCUUGGAUCUUGCCGUUUCAUUGCCUAAUGGCUUGACCGGAUAUGUACCCAUCACCAGCAUAUCUGAAAAGCUUUCUCAGCGUCUAGAAAAUUUGGAUGAUGCUGCCACUGAUGCCGACAAUGAAGCCGUUGAGCAUUUGGAUGAAUUUAAUAACUUCCCCGAUUUAAUCGAUCUUUAUCACGUUGGACAAUAUGUUCGUGUGUGCGUAACCAAGCUCGGUAGUGACGAACCAAAGAAUAACAAAAAGCAUGUUGAAUUGAGUAUGCGUCCCCAAGAUGUAAAUGGCCCCACAGAUGAACCAAAUAAUUUUAUCGAUGGGUCUACGAUCCAAGCAGCUGUUUCCAGUGUGGAAGAUCACGGUAUUGUUUUUGACGUUGGAUUGAAAAACUUCACUGGCUUUCUUUCCAAAAAGAAUGUUGGAGAAUUUAAAUUCGUGGAAGGCCAGAGUUUGAUUUGUACUGUUUUAUCAAAAGAUCAACGUAUCCUUCACUUAGCACUCUCCACCCCUGCUUCUGCUCCUUUAGAUGUUUUACCUUCUGUUCAAGGUAUUCUUCCCGGUAACUACAUCAACGUAUUAAUUACGGAUCUUAAGGAUAAUGGUGUCGUCGGAAAAUAUAUGGGCGUCGCUGAUGUAACAAGUGAUUUGUUCCAUUGUUCCGCUAAUCAGACAAAGGAUUUAGAGAAACGCUUUCACCUCGCCAAGUCCUCGCCAGCUCGUGUGCUUUUCGUCAUUCCUGGUGAUCCUCCAAAGAUUGCUGUUUCUUUUUUACCUCACAUUAUGAAUUUCAAUUUCGAUUCAGCAAAGCCUCAACAACUUGAUCAGCUUGAUGUUGGUUUCAUCGUCGAUACUGCUAAAGUUACAUACGUUAGUCCUUCUCUUGGUGUUUUCUGUGAUGUAGGCAUUCCCGGUAUUAAUGGGUUUACUCACAUUUCUCGCCUGUCUGAUAAAAAGGUAGCAAAUGUUAGCGCGAACAAUGGCCCCUAUAAAUUAAAUAGUGUGCAUCGUGCUCGUGUAAUUGGCUAUAGUUAUGUCGAUAACUUAUUUAUCUUAUCUUUUGAGAAUUCCGUUUUAGAACAACCCUUUUUGCGUAUUGAGGAUAUAAAAGUUGGGCAACAUGUGGAGGGCUCCGUCUUGAAAUUAAUCCCCCAGGGUAUUGUUAUUACUGUCGCAGAUGGAAUCAAUGCCUUGGUACCUUCCUCUCAUAUGUCAGAUAUUGCUUUGCAAUUUCCUGAGCGACGUUUUAAGGUCGGCACAACCGUGAAGGGUCGUGUGUUGACCACGAAUACUUUGAGAAGAAGAGUUAUCGUCACAUUAAAGAAAUCUCUGUUAAACAGUGACUUGCCCCCAAUAAGCUCGUUUGAGCAAGCAACACCGGGUAUACGCGCUAUAGGUGUCCUUGCUCGUGUAUUAGAAGAUGGUGCUAUUGUGGAGUUCUACAAUAGUGUUCGGGGAUUCUUACCUGUGUCUGAAAUGAGUGAAGCUUAUAUUCGAGAUGCUAGGGAACAUUUCAAGAUUGGCCAAACUGUUUCUGUUACUAUUCUUAGUUGUGAACCCUCCGAACGUAAGAUGAGAGUCAGUUGCCGUGAACAAAAUUGGGAUGAACAAAGAGUUGAAAAGUUUAAUAAUAUUUCAUUAGGUUCUCUUGUUUCCGGUUCUGUUUUACAGAAAACCGAAGAUUCUGUUAUCGUCGAUUUGGGUAAUAAAGUUUCAGGAGUCAUUGCUUUAAGUCAUUUAUCUGACGGUGAUCUUACAAAGUCAACUAAGGUUAUGAACAAACUUCGUGUUUCUACGAAGCUAUCAGAUGUGGUAGUUCUUCGAAAAGGCCAAGACAAAAGAAACAUAACUUUGUCAUUAAAGAAGAGUCUUAUCGAUGCUGCUAAGCAAGACCGGUUUCCCAAAACUAUAGAAGAGGUUAAAGAGGGUGUUAAAUAUGCUGGCUUUGUUCCAUUGGUACCUAAAGCUUAUUUGUCAGAAGACUACGUUCCUGUGCCAGGCGCCUUAUUUAAGCCUCAACAAUCUGUUGAAUGUGUUUGUCUAUCUGUGAAUCUUCAACAGAAAAAGAUCUUCAUGUCGUUUAAACCUUUAGCUUCCAGUAAACAGAGAGUCACUGAGGUUUUGGAUAGCAAAUAUGACAUUGAAAAUCCAGUUGACGAAACAAUCAAGAAAACUUAUGAUUAUACAGCUGGAAAGAUAACAUGGGGUAUUAUAACUUCAGUUAAAGCUAGUCAACUUAACGUCGUGUUGGCCGCAAAUGUACAGGGUCGCGUUGAAGUUUCUGAGGUAUUUGACAAAGCUGAAGAUAUAGAAAAUUUUAAUAAGCCUCUCAAAAAUUUCAAGAAAGGUGACAAAGUUCGUGUCCGUGUUUUAGGUAUUCGCGACUCCAGACAUCAUAAGUUCUUACCUAUCACUCAUCGUGUUGCUCCUAAGCAGUUCUUGGAGUUGAGUAUGCGUCCUUCUGUCAUGAGUAUGGAGCCAUUUAAGCUUGAGACUCCUGCUUUUAAGAAAGGUGAUUCUGUCGUUGCUUACGUUAAUAACACAUCUCAGGAAUGUGUAUGGGUUUCUGUUACUUCGACAAUAAAUGGGAGAAUUAUGGCUAUGGACCUAGGUCACGAUGCAGAAGUGGUUAAUAAUUUAUCGAAGCACUUUUUUGGUGGUAAAGCUUUGAAAUGUACAGUAACUGACGCCACCAAAGUUCUUGGUCUUUCCCUUAUUAAACCCCUAGAUGGUUAUGAAUCUGUUAAACCUGGUGAUAAGUUAUUGGGAAGAGUCACGAAUAUAAACGAGAGCGGAGCAAUCGUUUACCUUCCUGGUCAUUUAUCUGGACGAGUUUCUCGUUUAGACAUGUCAGAUGAUUAUGAUAUUGCUCCUAGUCAAAAGUUUGUUCGUAACAAGUACAUUUCGGUAUGUGUUAUAAGCGUUGAUGUUUCGAAUAAGAAGAUUGCACUUUCCACUCGUGAAUCCAGACUCAACCCGGAAGCUGUUGAGGUUAAGGAUAGAGAGAUUAAAUCUAUUGAUGAUGUGAAGCCUGGUGAUGUUUGUCGUGGAUUUGUUACCAACGUUGCCGACCAAGGUCUCUUCGUUUUGUUGGGUCACGAUUUAGUUGCCAGAGUAAAAAUUGCAGAGCUUUUUGACUCUUUCAUUAAAGAAUGGAAGACACAAUUUCAGGUAAACAUGCUUGUGAGAGGAAAACUGCUUAGUGUUGAUCACGAUUCAAAGCGUAUGGAAAUGACGUUGAAGCCUAGUAAAAUAGAUGAAUCUUCUUCGAUUACCACCGCGUUUUCUGAUUUACAGGUUGGAACUAAUGUAGAUGGCACUGUUGCUAAAGUUGAAGAUUAUGGCCUUCUCAUUAAAAUCGACAGCACAGAUGGCAUUAUUGGUUUGUGCCAUAAAUCUGAAGUUGCAGAUGCUGUUGUUAAUGAUAUAGGCAAGUUGUAUAGCGUGGGCGAUAAAGUUCGGGCACACGUUUUGGAUGUUAAUCCCGAAAAGCGACGUGUUGCAUUGGGUCUUAAAUCUUCCUACUUUGAUGCUGAUUCAGAUGUUGAAUUAUCAGAUGAAGUUGAAAUGAAGUCUGCUGAUGAAAGUUCAGAUGAAGAAAUGGAAGAAGAUCAACAAUCUGAAUUAGAGGCUGAUGAAAGGUCAUCAUCUGACGAGGAAGAUGAGAAGCCUGCACCUGCGCCGUUGAACGUGAAUGGUUUCGAUUGGGGUGACAGUUCUACUGUCUUCGAUAAACCUGCUCACGAUGAGUCUGAAAGUGAGAAUGAAGAUGAAGAAGAAACUCCCAAGCGUAAGAAGUCGAAGCAUGUUAAUUCUAAUGAUGAAGAACGUGACCUAGAUGAAGCUCCACGCGUGCCUGCUGAUUUUGAACGUCAAUUGCUGUCGUCACCCAAUUCUUCCUUUUUGUGGAUUAGCUAUAUGGCUUAUCAGUUGAAUCUCAACGAGGUUGAGAAAGCUCGUGAGAUUGGUCAGCGUGCCUUGACCACUAUUAACUACAGGGAAGAAGAAGAAAAGUUGAACGUUUGGAUGGCAUUACUCAAUCUGGAGAUUGCCUAUGGAACGAACGAAACACUUCAAAACACUUUCAAGGAUGCUUGUGCUCACUGUGAGCCUUUGGUUGUAUAUGAGAAACUGUGUGGUGUGUUGAUUAAAAGUAACAAAUUGGACUUGGCCAAUGAGUAUAUGGAAGGUAUGCUCAAGAACUUUAAGCAGGUUCCUUCUGUAUGGAUUCAAUAUGCUUCUUUCCUUUUAACGAAUGGAAGUGAAGAUACCGCAAGAGGUUUACUUCAGCGUAGUUUACAAAGUUUGCCUAAAUCUGAGCAUGUGAAGAUGAUAGAGAAAUUUGCUAUUCUUGAAUUUAAGCAGGGCGAUCCUGAACGUGGACGCACUAUUUUUGAGGGAUUGUUGAGCAACUAUCCAAAACGACUGGAUCUAUGGAAUGUUUUGAUUGAUAUGGAAAUUAAGCAAGGUGACACUGCCAUCAUUCGUCGCUUGUUCGAACGUGUGCUUGCAUCCAAGCUUUCUACCAAGAAAGCUAAAUUUAUCUUUAAGAAAUGGUUGACUUAUGAAAAGGAAAUUGGCGACAACAAGGGUGUUGAGUCGGUCAAACAAAAAGCGUUGGAGUACGUUUCUGGUAAUCGGGAGGAAUAA